CGGUGACAUGAGGUCGCGCUGCGGGCUGGCGCUCAGUUUGGACGUGGAAACAGUGAGGCGAAAACAUGGGUUACGUAGCGGCAAUCCUCUUGGCUGUCUUCGCAGCGGCCAAUGCCCAGAACAACUGCCCCAACAUUGUGGCGCGGCGAGGCUGGGGAGCACGUCCGGCGAAGCAAGUGGAGUACAUCAUCAAGCCAGUGCAGUAUGUCGUCAUCCAGCACACCGUCUCGCCCAUCUGCACCUCCAUGAACGCCUGCGCCGAGCGCGUGCGCAGCAUCCAGGCACAGCACAUGACCAACCUCAAGUUCGAGGACAUCGGCUACUCGUUCCUGGUAGGCGGCGACGGCAACGUGUACGAGGGGCGAGGCUGGCACAAGCAGGGCGCGCACACGCGCGGCUAUAACAAGAACUCCAUCGGCGUCGCCCUCAUAGGCGACUUCACAGAUACUUUACCACCACGGGCACAACUGGAGGCACUGAAGAAGCUGCUGGAGUGUGGCGUGCAGUUGGGAGAACUGUCAGAGGACUACAAGCUGUUGGCAGCACGCCAGGUAGUGGCCACACAGAGUCCUGGAUUGGCCCUCUACCAGGAGCUGCAGACAUGGCCUGCCUGGGUUGAGCAGCCCUGAAGCUGCUGGAUUGACUUUGAUUCCACCUAUCUCAGUGCCACAUCUGUAUAUGAUGUUUCCAAUACAUCUGCUGAAUGAAAGUUUUAUUGAUUAUUGGUGAA